AAAAUAAUUCUUGACACAUUUACAUUUUUAUAUUUAUGGAUAAGUAAAAUUAUUAUUUUUCUAAAAUUUAGAAACAAUCAGGUAUUGGCAUUAACAAAAAGUCAUUAAGUAGAAGUCACAAUGCGAAAAACUUGGGUCAAACGUGAAAAUAUUUAUUAUAAACCAUUCUAUAAGCAAAAGUCCAAGAUGUUCUUAUUAGGAGUAUUCCUAUUAGGCAUAGUGUUUAUAAUCUAUCAAGCUUUUUCCAUAAAUCAAUUGCAUAGUGCAAGUACGCCAUGGAGCUUAGAAGGUACGAUGAAAGGGCUUCGCAAGAAGCAUUUGGAAGUGAUAAAAUCUCUUGGACGAAAGCAAAGUGAUGACUACGAUGAAGGAGGAGGCGGAGUUGCGGCAUUAGAAAUUAAUCCUCCGGAUGAUUCUAUAAAAAUUAUACGCGGCAUUCGUCUGUUCGAUUAUGAUUCAUAUAAACCCAAUUUCGACGGCAAGUUUCGCUGUUUGGAUGGUAGUAAAGAAGUGCUAUUUGAACGUGUCAAUGAUGACUUUUGCGACUGUUUUUCCGAUGGAAGUGAUGAGCCCAGCACAAACGCUUGUCAAAAUGGAAGGUUUUAUUGUAAAUACCAAAAAAGACACAUCACGGGGCGCGGCGUAGACGUAUUUGUACACAGUAGUCGUGUUAAUGAUGGCAUCUGCGAUUGCUGCGAUGGCAGCGAUGAAUGGUUGACAAUUAGCUGUACAAAUAAAUGUACACAAUAAAUAUAUAUAUUGUGUCUGUAAUGCACCACAGUUAAGUUAUCGGUUAUAUUAGUGUUAUAAGCAAUACUCUUAAAAAGGUAAAUAAUGCUAUAGACAGUUAGUGUAAUUAAUGUAGAUUUAGUUUAAAAUAAAUAGGAUUUUGAAUCGAAUAUGUUAAAUGAUGCUGUGCAUUAAAAAAAUCGCCUUACAAGUCGUGUCUAAUUUGCAUUUGUGAAUAAAUUACCGUCUAUACUCAAAGAAAAAUAAAAUUCAUAGAUUGUAUAUUCAAAAUUUUCCAAUUAUUAAGUACUAGGGCAUUAAAUUAUGUAUGUGUAAUUAGAUUUUGUAAUGAUAAUAAAGAUUGAUACUUAUUUA